AUGUCACAACAAAUCAAAGGAAAUACAAUAACUAAUCUUCGUAAAUUAGCAAAACCUCCCGAAGCUAUCAUGAUUGUACUUGAUAUGGCAUUAAUAUUAAUGAAACGACGUAUUGAUCCAAUACGAAUUGAUUAUAAUCUUGAUGAACCAUUUUAUGCACCAUCAAAAACAGAAAUUUUAAGACUUCUUAAUUUUUCUGGAUUAUUAUCAACAUUAUUAACAAUACGUGAACUUAAUGAUGAAAUCAUUGAAUUAUUAGCACCAUAUACAGAGAUUAAAGAUCUAUCUGAAAAAGCUCGAAAAGCUUAUCAAGAUUUAGCAACAUUAAAAACAUGGACAGAUAAGAUACAAUCUUAUCAUGCAAUUAAUAAAGAAGUUAUUCCAAUAAAAGAUAAAGUACAAAAAGCAGAAAAUUCACUUCGAAAAGCUUCAAGAAAAUUAGCUAGAGCUGAACGAGAACUUGAAAGAACUGAAAUUGGUUUAGCUAAAUGUCAACAUGAUUUUGAUGUAGCUAUGAAAACAAAACAAACAUAUCAAUCAGAUUAUGAUGCUUUACUUAAACGACGUGAUGAUGCAAAUACAUUAAUAUCAGGAUUAACAGGUGAAAAAAUUCGAUGGAAUGAACAAAAUAAAGCAUUUGAACAAAGUAUUGAAAAAUUAGUUGGAAAUACUAUACUUGUAACAGCUUUUCUAUCAUAUUCUGGUCCAUUUAAUCAAGAUUUUCGGCAACGUUUAUUAAAUGAAUGGCAAAAACAAAUACAACAAAGAACUAUUCCAUUUUCGGAUAAUUUUGAUAUUAUUGAACAAUUAAAUGAUGAAGCAACAAUCGGUGAAUGGAAUUUACAAGGUUUACCAAAUGAUGAUCUAUCAAUUCAAAAUGGUAUUAUAGCAACAUCAAACUAUCGCUAUCCACUUCUAAUUGAUCCACAAUUACAAGGAAAAUCAUGGAUAAAAAAUAUGGAACGUGAUAAUGAUAUAUUAAUAACAACAUUUAAUUCAAAAAUGUUUCGACAACAACUUGAAGAUUCAAUUUCACUUGGACGUCCAUUAUUGAUUGAAGAUGUUGAUGAAGAAUUAGAUCCAAUUUUAGAUCAUAUUUUAGAAAAAAACUAUUUUAAAAUAGGUCUUUCUCUACGAGUUAAAGUUGGUGAUCGUGAAGUGGAUGUUAAUCAUACAUUUCGUUUAUAUAUAACAACAAAAUUAGCUAAUCCAACUUAUUCUCCUGAAGUAUGUGCACGAGUAUCAAUUAUUGAUUUUACUGUAACACAACGUGGAUUAGAAGAUCAAUUACUUAGUCUUGUUAUUGCUAAUGAACGUGCUGAACUUGAACGUGAACGUGUUACAUUAGCACGUGAAACAACAAAAAAUAAACGAAUGUUAAAAGAACUUGAAGAAAAUUUAUUAAUUAAAUUAACAAGCAUUGAAGGUUCAGUACUUGAUGAUCCAUCUCUUGUUGAAGUACUUAAUGCAAAUAAAAGAAUUGCUAUAGAAGUUAAAGAAAAAGUUUCUAUUGCUGAAGAUACAAAAAUGAAAAUUAGUGCAGCAAGAGAAGAAUAUCGACCUGUUGCUGUUCGAGGAUCGAUCAUUUAUUUUCUUAUGUCAGAAAUUACACUUGUUAAUCAUAUGUAUCAAAUAUCAUUACAACAAUUUCUUGGUCUUUUUCAUGAUUCAAUGAUAAAAUCAAAUAAAAUUGCUGCAACACAAAAACGUAUUCAAAAUAUAAAUGAUUAUUUAACAUAUCGAACAUGGUUUUAUACAACACGUGGUUUAUAUGAAGAAGAUCGACUUAUGUUUACAUUAUUAAUGGCAUUAAGAAUUGAUUUACGUCGAGGAAAAAUACGUUAUGAUGAAUUUGAAGUAUUAAUUAAAGGUGGUGCUUCAUUAGAUUUAAAUACAUGUCCACCAAAAUUAUUUCGUUGGUUAAAUGAUUCAUCUUGGCUUAAUUUACUUGAAUUAAGUCGUUUGAAAGAAUUUCAUGAUGUUAUUGAUCGAUUACAAAAGAAUGAACGUGCAUUUAAAGAUUGGUUUGAUAAAGAAUCAUCUGAUUUAUCAUCAUUACCUGAAACAUAUGAAAAUUUAAAUAUUUUUCAUCGAUUUUUAUUUGCUCGUUGUAUAUCACCAGAUCGAACAAUAUCAGAAGCACGAUAUUAUAUUCAAGAUAGUCUUGGAAUAAAAUAUUCUGAAAUUCCUGUACUUAGUUUAGAAUUAAUAUGGGAAGAAAGUGAUUAUAAAACAUCAUUACUUGGUUUAUUAUCAUCAGGUGCUGAUCCAACAUCAAAUAUACAAUCAUUAGCAAAAAAGAAAAAUAUUGAUUUAUUUAUUGUAUCUAUGGGACAAGGACAAGAAAUACUUGCUCGACGUUAUCUUCAACAAACAAUUACAUUAGGAGGAUGGCUUUUAUUACAAAAUGCACAUUUAGGUUUAGAUUAUCUUGAAGAAUUUCAUGAAACUCUUAUUGCAAUAGAUACAUUCGAUCCAUCAUUUCGUGUUUGGUUAACAACUGAAACUCAUUCACAAUUUCCAAUACAAAUUCUUCAAUCAUCAAUUAAAUUUACUAAUGAACCACCACAAGGUGUACGAGCUGGUCUCAAACGUACUUAUGGUUUAAUUAAUCAAGAUAAACUUGAAUAUAUUGAAACAAUUUAUUGGCGUCCAUUAUUAUAUGCUACUUCAUUUCUUCAUAGUAUCAUACAAGAACGUCGAAAAUUUGGACCAUUAGGAUGGAAUAUUCCAUAUGAAUUUAAUCAGACUGAUUGGGAAGCAUCUGUACAAUAUAUUCAAAAUCAUUUAGAUGAUAUGAAUCCAAACUUAAAUAUAUCAUGGAAAGCUAUUCGUUAUAUGAUAUCAGAAAUUCAAUAUGGUGGUAGAAUAACAGAUGAUCGUGAUCGUCGUUUAAUGAUUACUUAUGCUAAAAAAUGGUUUAAUGAUUUAUUAUUUUCAUUAGAUUUUAAAUUUUAUGAUGGUUAUUCAAUACCAAAAGUAAAACGUCUUGAUGAAUAUAUUGAUUAUAUUGAUAAAUUUCCAUUAAUUGAUCCACCACAAAUAUUUGGUCUUCAUUCAAAUGCUGAUAUAACAUAUUCAACAAAUCGAGCUAAAUCUAUGCUUGAAAAAAUUGUUCAUAUACAACCAAAAGAAGCAAGUUCAAAUAUAUCUGGUGGUGAAACACGAGAUAAAAUUGUUUAUAAUCUUGCAAAUGAUAUGUUAAAUAAAUUACCAAAAAAUUUUAUACAACAUGAAGUACGAGAGAAAUUACGUAAUAUGGGCAUAUUGAAUCCAAUGAUUAUAUUUUUACGUCAAGAAAUUCAUCGAAUUGAUCGUGUUAUACGUACUGUACGAAAUUCUUUAAAUGAUUUACAAUUAGCUAUUGAUGGUAUAAUUAUAUUGAAUGAUUCUCUACGUCAAAUACUUGAUUCAAUCUAUGAUGGCCGUGUUCCAAUUGAUUGGACAAGAUAUUCAUGGGAAAGCAGUACUCUUGGUUUUUGGUUUUCUGAACUACUUGAUCGAUAUACUCAAUAUAAUAAUUGGUUGAAUUAUGGUCGACCUAAAUGCUUUUGGAUGACGGGUUUCUUUAAUCCCAACGGUUUUCUUACAGCUAUGCGACAAGAAGUAACGCGAAUGCAUAAAGGAUGGUCACUUGAUACUGUAAUAAUUGAUAAUAUUGUACUUCGUUCAUAUAAAGAUGACAUUCGAGAAGCACCAACUGAAGGUGUUUAUGUUUAUGGUCUUUAUUUGGAAGGUGCUGGUUGGGAUCGAAAAAAUACUCGUUUACAUGAAUCACAAAAUAAAGUUGUUUAUGUUCAAAUGCCAGUUAUUCAUAUAUUUGCUAUAAAUCCAUCUGUAACAAAUCAAAAAACUGGAAUAAUUACAAAUAAAAAAUUAAGAUUAAAUCAAAUAACAUUUCGAACAAAACAAAAUGAACAAAUUUCAAUUGCACCAUAUAUUUAUAUGUGUCCAGUCUAUAAAAAACCAAUACGUACUGAUCUUCAUUUUAUAACUAUGCUUAAAUUAGCAUCAAAUGAUUUAUCUGAACAUUGGAUUUUACGUGGUGUUGCUUUACUUUGUGAUAUUAAAUAA